CUAUCCGAAGCUAUCCUUAGCUACCCAUGUCUCUUACCUAUUUAAGCCCGGUGGAGUCCACAACCAACACUUGCAAUGUAUGUACAUCCAACAAGCCCGCGACUCAGGUGUCUCCACAUAUCACCCAGAACCAGAACCAGAAAGCCCCAACCAUCUUGCCUCCCCGAAGAACCACCGCCAACCGCAUCCACCGUCCUUCUCACCCAACCGGGAUAGUUCCAAGCCUCACUUCCCAUGCGGCCGUGCACAGAACAGAAAGCGACCGAACAUCUUGGAAAGAAACUAAGAAACUAGAUAAAUCGAAAAAGGGAUUUAAGGUCACUUAGACUUCGCCCCGUAGCUAAAUCGCGCCAUCGGGUCCGCUUUUGAUAGGCUCGACUUCGGCUCACUUACCCCUGUGGUUUGUGACGGACACGAGGUCAUGUGGUCUGGGUCGUGUUCUCGGGCGGUUCGGUACGAGGCAGUACUCAGGUACAGUACAUACCGAUAUUGCGGGAAUAGUACAUACAUGCUUGACUACUGGUAAGGUAGAGAUGAACACUGCCAACAGCAAGGAAAGCUAUAUACAAGCAUAAAGUGCUCAACAGGGUGUCGAAGAGCAGAGAAAAAGAGGCUACACAGUCUAAUGCCACAGACACUUUGUUAACCGCUCAGCAGCAAUAAAUCUCAAUAGCAACCGAGUUCACGCAUAAGAUGAUACUUAUUAUACUUACUUCUUCGUGAAGGUCGAUCCCUGGGUAGCCUCAUCCUGAAUCUUCCGUCUAAAUACGGGGUAAGUCAGGCUGGCCCCUGUCAACUCCGCAUUUACGCAAGGGAGUACCGGAUGACGAAGACCAACAGGAAUGAAGUAGAGGCAACAAAAAAAGCUUGAGGGGGGUAGGUAAGAUGUUGCUCAUCUGCAAUGAACAGACACCAGAGGGAAAGUUUGUUCCCCAGCCACAAGUUGCUCCGCGGGAUGAGAGACUGGGGCUCUGGUUGCCUGCACAUGGAUCUCAUCAAGAAGGAUGGGAGACGAGAUCACACACACCCCUCUUUUACGGGAAUACCCUUCUGUUGGCUCCACUGGAUUCGUGUGUUCCCCAAAUCGCGGUGGAUGAAGGACCGGGACUUAAUCCUUCGGGGCACAAAAAAUACUGUAUACAAAAGAAGCGAGUCAUGUCCUUCCGGAUGGCGGUGGUGAUCUUAAUAGUUCAACUAAGGUUCAGUUCGUUGCCUUUAGUCUGAAUUGGACUGCUAAUGCAUACAGUAGUUGGAUAUGGAGUGCAUAAAGACACAUACAUUUUUAUUUUUUUUUAUUUUUCUCAGUGGGGCUUGUUGUUUCACUAACAUUCUUUGAUGCUUAUUACAUUGUCGUGGUCACCUGUGUCAGGUUAAAUAUGUGCAGGUGAGCCGUUAUAAAUGGUCUUCGGGGAGAUCAAAGUAGGUAGUAGUGUAUAUCAAGUCUAUUGGUCUUCCCAUCGUACCUUACCUACUUCAGAGCUCAAUCCCUGGAAUCCCUGGCCCAUCUCUGAGCUUUAGGGUAGUAGCUAUUCCUAUUUAUCCCUAAUUCAUUGUCAAAGAUACCACGCCAGCUGCCGGCUUUCCGCGAUAGGAAAUCCGCAGUGCUCAUCUGAUGCGCCCCAAGAAAGCCAAAUACGGUCAUUACCGUACCGUACAGCGAUGCCAGAAUCCCAGGGUGAGUGUGCGGUAGUUUAACCUUCUGCCCGUCCCUUCCCAGACACCGAUCGUCAAGCUUAAUCUACUGAGAUUCGAAUAAACAGAGGGUUUUUUCUGAUAGGCGGUGGGAAGAAGCCAAGGCUUAAGAAACAGAAAACCAGGGAAAAAAAAGGGAGCCCUGAGCUACACCGUGCACGUCCUCACUUCCCAAUUUGUCGCCUGGCAGAUGGAGUGGGCUCCCCAUUCCAACCAGUUUCGCAUCAGCAAAACGAGGUCCAAGCACUCGGAAAUUCAACCACCCAAUGAUGAUGAGUAGAGACAGUGGAAUCGUACUGGAGCUAGGAGGGGAACAGAGGUCGAGUGAUACUCCAUUGAUAUGAUUGAUGACGACAACCGUGGAGGAGGUAACAGCUUCAACGUUCUGAACUGUGCCGACAUCGUCCAGCGUCUGCAUUUUUGAAUGCAAUAGGAAAAGUCUAUCCAGGCAACAAGGAUGAGCAGAGUAACCCCCAGCGAUCACCUGAUACGGCUCCUUGGGUUUGGCAGGUUAAAGUAAAAGGAUGAAGUCUCUUCUGCAGUGGUCGGAUGUCCGUGCCUUGUGCACAGAAGAUCCGGCCCACUUCCCCAGAUUGUGUGAAGGAAUGAGAGGUUUUAUUUCGGUUUUAUUUUUUCUCUUUUGUUGCUUCUCCCCGGUCUCGGGGUCAGGUUGAACGAACCUAUGUAAUACAGAAGAAGAAUCACCACACCAUCACACUUGACGUAAGACCAGAAGUGCGAGGUAAAAAAGAUCGGACGAGGACGCGACUGGUCACAAUACUCCCAGACGCAGGGAGCUUCAUUCCUCAAAAGGAAAGUGGCCUGCGGUGUCGCUGCCUGGACAUCGGCCCAUCUCCGCGCUGGUGAGUGACAAGACUGCGCUGGUCAGUAGCGUGGGGUGUGGCGUCCACCUGAGCCGGAGAAGUGUCUAUCCUGGCAUGCAAGUAAUGCAGACAUAACACCCGGACGGGGCAAUCAUGGUCGUAAGAUGGGCUUUGUCCGGGUUAGUGGCAUUUGUUAGUCGCGUCCUUUCAGUAUCAAGUUAGCACUGACAAUUUUAGGCGGCCCGGUACGUACCAGCGGAAGGAGUGCGUGCAGGUGGUGAGGUAUGUAUGUAUCGUAACGAUACAGACGGAUGUCCCGGAAAACUCUAUAUCGAUCAUCCACUAUACCCUCUCGGCUCUGAUGUCUACAUGCGUCCUAUCCUCACUAUUGUGGUAGUACUUCGGAGUAGCUCGAUUGAGUUGAAUUGAGCUGAGGAUUUUCUCUAAUGAUUCAGGAAGUUUUGAAUGGUUGUUACCAAGCGAAGAAUGUCCUGACUCCCACCUGGCCAGUUUCCUAGCCAUUUCAUUAUCGGUCGAUUGAAAACCAGCCAAAUCCACCAGAAUCUCAAUCUGGACCGUCAAAUAUGUACGAGCCUCAACUUGUACCGAUUAUGCACUACAAAGGCAUACCCCUGGAGUUCAUCCAUGCCAGUUCGGACUGGCUUGGAUUAUGCGUCCAUCAAGUCAGAGCGACUCACUUCCCAAGAGGGUAAUCAGGAUCAUCCGCCGUCGUCACCCAUGCGAUUAUUUAGGUUAAGUGGGAAUUUCGAGCAGUUGGUUCAAUGGGCAUAAUUGCUUUUUUUGCUGUGUCCAUUUCGAUGGACUCUGAUUUGCUUCGAACAUGAUUUGAUCCGACCUACUGAAUAUUCCGGGUUCCCUUUCUGAUUUUCAACCCCAUUAUGAUUUUCGUUUAGGCUUUCUCUUCCUCGCUUGGACCAACAAAUCAGCAGUGGAAAUCCAACAAGCUUGGCAUUCUUGCUCCCCGCAUGGUCAGAGUUUAAUGAAGUGCGUGGCAGGAAGUAGAGAGAAAAUAAUAAUCAUAAUAAAAAUGCUUC